AUGUUGAUGCACGAACUUAGUUCGAGAAUGCGUUUUGUGCCUGUUUUCCUGACGUUCUAUUCACUGAGCCAUUGCGUUAGUGCGAAAAUAGACCAUCAAGACGUGAAACAUCAUCACAAAACGGCAACAAAAUCCAAAAUUGAAGACGUUCACAAGCACGUCGACUUGGCCGACAUGCGGAAGUCAUAUACGGAGCUUUUCAAGGGAAAACGACGUGAUCAACUUGGUGCUAUUGAAUCCAUAGUGAAUAUUGAGGAAUCGAAGCGAAGGCGAUACGUUGAAGAGGUCAGCCGUGGUUUACUAUCCUACUUUUUUUCAUUCACUCUAUUUAUACAGGCUGUACAGAUUCCUGGGAUAAUUUGA